GUUUGAUUGAAAACGCGAUUUCGGCCUCGUCCGACGCGAACAGGCGAAUUCCAUUCGAAUUUAACGGGAAACAUAAUGCCCCGAUUGAUAUUUACGGAUUUAUUUCGAUUAUUAAAAAUCCUUGAACAAGAUGGACUGGUCCACUUUUAGACAUUCGAGGGGAAUGUGUCGGAGUAGAAGCAGAAGAAAAAGGCGCAUCGUAAAAGAUGGCGGUAGAGUGAUAUCUUAUUUGUGGUUGCAAAUUUGCGAAAUUAAUAAUAAACAAAUAAAUUUGACCGCUAAUUGAGAGGCGAGUGCGACAGUUUGGCCGAUAACGGUUCGAAUUCGUCGGUCGUUAUCGUUUGAUCAUUGAGAAAGGCGCGCAAUCGGGUUUACGCUAGCAAGAUAUUUGCGAUUAUUAGGAUGCAACGGAAUCGUUCGCGUUUAAUUUAGUGUUUAGUGGUUUCGGUUUUGCGCGUUUGGGUGUUUACGAGCUCAUAAUGUCUUUCAGCCCUUUUAUAAAAUAAUGCUGCUACCAAUUUUAUAUUUUUUCUAUGUGUACAACGAUAAAAUGGCUCUAUUCGAGUUCGGAUAAGCGAACAAACGAUGUGCUCCCCGCGAUUUAAGACUAUUAAUAGUGAGAUGAUCUAGUAUUAAGACAACAUUCCAAAGUGGACUUAAUAACAUUUACAAGAAUGUACUUACAUACAAGUGUGCUUUAAUAGGGUUUAACAAGUGUUGUGAAAAAAAAUGUCUCAAACUCCCCACAAGCCCAUACAAAAGAUGUGUAAAUCUCCAAAGAAUUCAACAUACCACACCAUUAAGCAAGAAAAGAUCGAAUAUGAGAACCUCAGCACCAAUUGCACCGUCGUGGGCUCCAAUAAUCUCAACCUAGUUAAAAAACCCCAAAUCAUAACCAGCAUGUCCCCGGCGUAUUCUAAUCCUAGUCCUAGUUACCCUCCGUCACCUUAUUCGUCACCAGCCAGUCUCAAAUCUCCUUCGCCCUCUCUCAAACCGCCUACUCCUCAACCCAGCUAUCCCGUCAUGCAGAUCAUACAGAACAACAUUUUGGCCAGGCCGAUGCAGACAACACAACCGCAAAACAUCAUCAAAUUAAAGCCUCAUUUGAAUAUUCUACCGAAACCUUCUGCUAGUCCACAGCCCUCGCCUAAACCCAGUGUCAGUCCUCAAAUUGUAAUACCUACGAACCACCAACAAACAGCUACGAUAGUUCCUGCGGCUCAGCCACUUCUACUCAAUCAAAUGCCUAUGUUGACGACCCCUGGCGUACAGUUUAUUCUAAGGCCGCAAACAGCCACAAAAAUUCAACCCCAGAUGCAGACGGCGACUGCGACGCCGCAGGGGCUGAUCCUGCAGCCCAGCGGACAGCAGUUGUUGCAAAUACAGCCGCCUAGGUCGCAGCCUAUGGUGCGAGUGUUGACCAACGGUAUGCAAUUGGCGCCUUCUACUACAACUUAUGUAACUCAGGUGGGUCCACAGCAGGCGAAUAAUGCAACACAUAUCGCACAACAGACCAUUAUAAACAACCACGCACAUUUGGUUCAGCAACAGCAGCAGGUGAAGAAGAAACCGAAGAAUAAGGUUAAGAAGAAACUGGACCUCGCAAAUAUUAUGAAGUUGUCAGGAAUAGGCGAUGAAGAUGAUAUUCAGUUCGAAAGCGAUACAUCACAAAGUGAAAACGAACAAAAUUCCGUUCCUACAACACCUCAACCACAACAACAGCAGGUUGUUCAAAAUACAGUACAAGCUCAAACAAAUUUUGUACACACCGAUACUAAGAAAAAUGUACAGAAUAUUCAAAUUUCUGCAAUGGCGCAGCCUACAAUAAAUGCAGCCACUCCUGUUGUACAGGUGCUAAAUCAAAAUUUUCAAAGUGGAAUGAUCUCAAAUAACACAUCUCAGGCAGCUACUGCGCAAGCCGGUAUACCUUUCAAUUCGUUUAUAGCUCCGAAUUUUACUAUUAACAAUGGCCUAAUGCUCCAAAGAAGUGGUGGAUUCAAAUUAACUAUGGGCGAAGAUGGCCGAUUAGUCUUGCAACAUGAUCCGACUAUCAAUUCGGAUCUUCAGUCACAAAUAAUCCUACAGAGUCUAUUGGGUGGAUUAGUUUUACAACCUUCAAUGGACCAACAAACUGUACAGCAAACUGUGCAAACGAUUCAGCAACAGUCUGUUCAAACAAUACAACAACAAACAGUACAGAGUCAAACGAUACAGACAGUACAACAACAAACUGUACAACCACAAGCUGUACAACACACAAUCCAAUCUAUACAACCUCAGAUACAGCAACAGACUGUUCAGCAAACGAUACAACAUCAAACUGUGAACGCUUUACAGCAACCUAUGCAGAUCGUACAACCGCAACCUAUACAUAGUAUUCAUUCGCAGGUGCAACCUAUACAUACAAUGUCACAGUCUCAAGUUCACAGUUUGCAGUCACAAAUACAAGGCCAAAUUCAAAGUCUGUUGCAGCAACAAAAUCACACUGUUCAACAUUCUCACGUUCCUUCGCAGAAUGUUCAUUCUCAAACAAUGCAAAGUGUACAGAACUUACAGAAUGUCCAAAAUUUGCAAAGCGUUCAGCAGAACGUUAGAAGCGUUCAGCAAAACGUACAGCAGAGUUCACAUUCCCAGCCUAUUCAAUCGCCAGUGCAAAGUUUUCACGUGAACCAGACGCACCAGCAACAUCAACCAGUAUUGAAAGUACAACCAUUUCAAAAGUCUCAACCGCCGGUACAAACUGUACAGCCUAUACAACAUCAUAUCAACCAGUCUCAACAGCAGACCCAGCAAAGUAUGAACGAAUCUCAACAGAGUCAAAACAAUCAUCCUCCGCCAACGUCGUACGUUGUCAAUUUGACGCCGGAUCAAUUGGAGCAAUUAAAAAGAAACGGUCAAUUAACCGUCAAUGGUCAGACAAUAUUCAUGCAAAGGCCCAAUAAGGAUCACAUGGAAAAGAAAUUGUCUCCUAAGACCAAAGCUAUAAAGAAAGUUAGCAAGAUACAAAGUAUAAAGAGUAUUUUACAAAAACCUUUUUUUGCGCAGGAUACCGACGCGGAUUCGGUGAAAAAUAGCAAUAAUUUGGAUGCAGUUAAGGAAAACGCAAGCAAACCUAUAGUUAGUGCCUUAAACGCACCACACAAACAAGUUCUACCUCAAAAUCAUGUGCAAAAGCAACCGAUGCAACAAAACAAACCGAUACAGCCCCAAGCUAUGGUCCAACCUUCGAUACAAGUGCAGAUCCAACCUAAAACAAUUAACGAACGACCGAAGCCUGAGCCUGUACAACCCACCGCUCCUCAAGUUCCCAAACAGCAAAAAGUUGCACCCACAGUUAUAUCACAAGAUUCAAACGGUAGUAACACGAACCCGGACGUUGAUAAACUCUUGGUGCAAAUUCUCGAAGAGUCGAACAACAUUAGUAACAUCGUUAGCACGGCUAGUGUAACUCCUUCGACGACUCAACCACAGCAGAGAAUCACCACCAUUCAGUUGACACCACAGAAGCAGCAACAUUUGAAGAACAUACAGUUGCAGAUACAGAGCCUCUCCGCGAGGCUCACGCCGGGCGAUGCGGAGACUCACAGCAUGUUGAAGAAUCUGUUUACGGAACAACAGAAAAUUUUGGCCAGCGGGAAAUUAUUACCACCCGAUAAGGUGUAUUAUCACAACAAUCAGCUUACCAUCGUGAAUCCGUCCAGUUUAAAUUCGUCGUCGCCUUCGCAAGUCAAACACGAACCAGUGCAGAGUCCUUCGUCAGGCCCUUCUACAAUAAGCAAUAAUCAGACUAUAAUGCGAACUUCCAGUGUCGAAACUCAGGCUACGAGUUCACAUCAGCCAAUCACUACCCAGGCACAUACAGUACCUAGAAUAACUGUAUCAAUACCAUCCAGUGAGGCAACAGUGACUCAAACGAUUCACCAUCACCCUUUGUCUGUGCAACACUCCCACGUCCACAUCCAUGCCCAUCACCAAUCGACGCCACAUUUCACCCACAUCACCCAAACCCUACCGCCCCAUUCGACGGUUACGCAUCAAAUAUCCGCCUUGAGCAUACCUAAUCAUUCCCAUUCGCCCAUAUCGCCUCACCAAACCGUAAAUCCCCAAACUCACCAAGUUCUGUCCCAACAACAGACGUCCGUUUCGAGCCUUGCGUCCGUCAAGUCCCAUUCGGUGUCCAGUUUCACGUCGAGCCAUGCUCACAAUAACGGGCACCACGUCGUCGCCAAUCACCAGAUAUCCGGACAUCACGGCAGUGCUCCUACUAGUCUACAUCAGGGGCAUUUGCAGGUGACCCAUUUCAAUCACGUCAUUAACCAGAGAUUGGGUUGCGCGCAAAACGUUGCCGAGCCCACGGUGCAACAGCAGCAGAUGCAGAAACAGCAGCUCAUGCAAAAGAAGUCGGAUUUGAUCGAAACGCAACUUACGAUGGACCAAAACGGAGCGACGAAACCGGACAUUCACACACCGUUUAGAGACAAAAAAGAUGCGUGCAUUAGAUUGAUUCGUUACCAUUGUCUGGACCAGCCGGUUCUGUCGGAAAAGGAUCUGGAUAAAGCGGAUGAAAUAUUCGAAUUGACUGCUCAACACCUCAUUGGAAAAUUCUCCAAAAUGGAGGAUAAAUACAAAUAUUUGCUCAUGAAAGAAAGUAUGCGCCAAGUUCAAACAUCGGAGUUGAUGAUGCUGGAUCGUAUGCUGCUGAACGACGAACAGCAAUCUCUAAUGAAGGUCCGCCAGGAACGGGAAAACGAAAUCCUCAACGUGUCCGAAACGGAACUCCCUCCGCCGCCGUUACCGCCGCCGAUAUCCAAAUCGGCCCAUAAUUCGAAUUCGAAUUUCAACGCGAAUUCCAAUUCGAACAACGCGGGUUCCCAUCAAACGUCGAAUCCCGUUCCGACCGAACAGGAGGAUUACGACGAAUGGGCGUGCAUACAACGAGAGCUCGGGUGCGUGUUGCAGCAGAACGAAUCGAAAUUGGCGCAAUCGAAGCGAUCGGCGAGCAGCGAUUCGAGAUUAGAGACUCUGAAGCGGUUUCGCGUCGAUAAGCACCACAAGAAACCGACGGAUGUAAAUAUACCUUCUAGCGGAAGUAGUGUACAAAGUGUCGUUAGUAGUACAAUGUAUGCGCACGCGCAAUCGAAAGUAGUAGUGUCCGGCGUCGGAAGUGUCGGUGGGUCGGCGUGCGCGUUCGAGAGCACGCAAAACAGCAGUUUCUCCUCGCACGAGGACAACGAACCCGACAACAAUACUAUCGACGAGCAAGUGCAAUCGGCCAUUGAUUCGAUAUUGAACUUGCAACAGAACCCAUCUUUAGAUUUGGAUAGUAUUUUGUCAUGACGUCAUAUUUAGGUACGGUUGGAAGGUUUCUGGAGUCCUGGUACUUUUGGACACAUUGGAUUUUAGUAGUACUGGCGUUUUUGUUAAUAACCAAUUAUCAAGAUAGUAGAUUUGUCUUGUAUACAUUGUACAAUGUUGUGUGUCAAUGAACUGAAACUAUCUGUAUACAGUAAAUUGCUUAUGUUAUUUUUAUGAAAAUUUGUAAAUGGUACACAAUCACGUAUUAUGCAAAAGUUGAUUAGCUCGAAAAAAAAUUAAAUUAUUAAAUAAACAACUAAAAGAUUGUUGCAAUGAAAGUUUAAGGAAAUUUAGAAAAUGUAUAAGUUCAUAAAAGUUUGCAGCAUGGUCAGUUCUAUGAGUUGAACAAAGAAAGAUUAUUAAAAUAACAGUUAGAGCGAGAAAGUUCCAAUCCUACAAUAUCACCCUUCCUUUUUCCUUUAUAAGUUGUCUUUGUUGCACCCAAAGCCUAUAUUGCAAACUAAAAUAUUCAACCUGUAUAAGGUAUCUUGUUUAUAAAAAGAAAGUCCAUAAUAAUUAGAAGUACUAAAAAAAUACAAUUAAUCUAUCGACAACCUUCUACACGUUUUAAUAAAAAUAUCGUACACAGUAUUCUUCCGGAUAAUUUAAGUUCAUUGGGACAUCCUAUAUUAAAUCAAGAUUACUUUUGGUUUCGUUUCGAAAUAAUAUUUGUGGUUAUUGACAAAAAUAAAUGUUUGCUGUAGUGCGGCUUAAUUUUUCGCUAAUUUUUGUGAUAUAUUGGGAAGCAAUAAGCAUGUAUGGAACAGCCUUAUUGGAAAUGUAACGAAAAUCAUCAAUCAAGCACAUGUCAAAAAAUGGUAAAAUUUACAUCAAUUUUGACUAUAUCAAAUACAUUUCAAAAGUAAUAAAAGACUGGCUAAUGAGUAACGUCUAAUUGGAUUUUUUUUUGCAUUGUUUUAAUAAGAGCUGUUUCGUGUAUCGUAGUCUUUACUGUACCAUAAAACGUGAACUAUUGUAAAGAAGCUUUAAUUUUAAAAAAUCAAGUUUAAUCUUGCUAAACUUCUCAUUAGCUUGUAAGGAUUUUAUUAACGAUAUUCGUUAUUUACCAAAUGGUCAAUUUUUGAAUGAUCCAAGGAUUGUGCCAGGACUCUUUAAUAGUUUAAAUCCCACCCCCGUUUUGAGAAUUAUAAUAAUUUAUUUCAAUUAAUUUAUUCGAAGAAAACGAAUUAUUAAAUUUUUAAACUUGUUAAUCUAUUGAAUAAAAUUAUGAUUUUAGAAUACGUAGGCUGGAGAUAGAAAUGAGACAGAAUUCAGGGAGUACUCAACUCGAAAUUCACAGGGGGUGUUUCUUUUAACUCUGUUUUAUUUUUAAAUAUUGUGAUGAUUUCAAGUAAGGUACAGAGUUAUUUAUAUUGAUUACUUUUACUUUCGAAACAAUGUAUUUACCAUGAGAAAGUUCAUGAGCUGUUUUUUUGCAAGUAAUAAGCAAAUAAAUACGGGUAAUUGAAUAAUUUUGAAGGACAAUCCCACCCUAAAGACGACUAAUAAUGUGUGUAUAUAAUUUGAAUCAAUGAUUAUGAAAUAUGCGUUGAAUGCCAAUUCACAAAAUGAAUUGUUCUAUCUUUAUAUUAAUUAAAGAAUCGUAAGAGAUUAGGCCAGUAUUUGAUUAAUUUGUGUUUCUAAAAUAAUUGUGAUAAAUUUUGAAAAAACAGUCAGUGAACGAGUUAAUGAGGUUGAAAAUACAGUGUGCAAGCGAAUGUUGAAUUAAAUUUUGCUUUAUAUUAUAUACCUGUGAAUUAGUGUUUGUUGUGUUGUGAUAUUUCUCACUAUUCGGUACUAUUAAUUUGUUUUAUGUAUUUUAUUUCAACCAUUGAGUACAAUAAUAAAUUAUUGAAAAUAAAUUUUAAUGAUUCCUGCUCAUCUUACACACUGUAUAAGUCCGUGUUUUUACCGUAUCAAAAUUAUUCUUUUCUUAUAAAUAAUUUUGUAUGCUCUUCAUGAAAUUUGUUUUAGUUUUUAGUGAAUCUUCUUGUUAUUAUUGUUUUACUGUGUUCAUAAUUUAUAACCCGUAAGAAUUGUAUAUACUUCUUAUAAUGACCGCUGUAAAAAGUUUUUAUUGUAA